AUGGCAUCAAAAAAGUUAAUAAUUAUUGAUACCGAUUGCGGUGUCGACGACGCGGUGGCCAUAAUGUUGGCCACGUAUUGUCAAAAGCAAAAUAUGGUAGAUAUUGUGGCCAUCACUUGUCAAUUUGGUGGUACAUAUGUUGAUAAUGUGUGCAAAAAUGUUUCCUAUACUCUUAAGGCCUGUGAUGUAGAGGGAAUUAAAAUAUACAGGGGUUGUGAUAAACCUAUUGUCAGUAAACAUAUUUUCGAUGAUUACUAUGGAAGCGAUGGUUUGGGUGACUCGACUAAAGACAUGCCACCCAUUGAUGUGCGCGUAGAGUGUGAACACGCGGUCAAUGCAUUGGUACGACUGGCCAGAGAGCACCCGAAGCAAAUCACCUUGAUCGCUUUGGGACCACUCACUAAUAUAGCGCUCGCAUAUAUGUUGGACAACAACUUCUUUGACAANUCACCUUGA